ACUCGACACACGGAGCAUUGUACUAUACCAUGAAAUACUUUGCAUGUGCUGUCGAUGGAUGGUGGAAGUGUAGUUCUUCAGAUUUAUAAGAAGGAAUGUGGGUGGCCAGUGUCUUGAUAACGACCACGGCACUCGGCAGUAUCGCUAAAAUGAUAACUGCAGGUAACUACGCUCCCAGAAAUUAAGAGGAAGUCUGCAUGUAGUGUCUGGUUUAGUGAUGGGUUGAUCUUUGGAAGAGGGAGGUACAAGAUGUGUUCUGCAGGAGGAAACAGCAACACUAGUGGGGGAGGAGACAAGGGAGAUGGAAGAGGUGCAGAAGCAGAGAGUGGGAGUGGACAGAGUCUGGGACCAGAGGAGUACACCAGACUGGCCCGUGAUGGUAUUCAACUGAUGCUCAACAACAGAUUCACCGAGGCAGAAGAACUCUUCCGUCACCACACACAAGAUAAUCUCCACAUGGCAAUGGGCCACUGUUACCUCACCUUUAUGAAUGCAGUCAUGUCUUUUGAGGAGGAGAAGGUGACAUACAGCAUGGAAACACUACGAAGCAUGGAGAGGAGGUGUGGCGGAGGAGAAAAUGGAUGGUUCUCCUCUGUUAAGAGCAUUGUCAUGGGGUCAAGGAAUGGCCAAGAACAGGGAGAGGAACCAGGCUCACAGCUGGAGCAGCAGGUGAUUCUAGCUGACUGUCAGGUACUUCUGGCCAUCCUCACAUUCCUCCAACAAGAGAUUGGUUCAUACGUCAAAGGAGGUUGGGUGUUACGCAAAGCAUGGAAGGUCUAUGAGCAUGCUUACACCAAGGUCAAGAGAUUGUAUAAGCAAACAUUUGGUGAAGCCCAAGAUGUGCCUCCUAAUUUCGGUGUAGCAACCAAGACUGUUCUCAAUGCUGCAUUGAACUUUUGA